AUGGCCUUGAAGCUUUACAGCAACCCGGCAUCCCCUUGUUCCCGUAACGUUGCGACGGUUUGCAAAGAGCUCAACCUUCCUUAUGAGCUCGUUGUGGUCGAAUUCACCAAAGGCGUACACAAGCUACCAGAGUACGUCAAGAAACAGGCCUUCGUCCAGAUCCUUUAUACUUUGAGUCCUUUGGAUGGCGACGGCUUCAUGCUCCUUCAGUCUCGCGUCAUUGCUCGCUACCUGGCGGUCAAGCAUGAGAACACAGACAUGGAAACCCUAUAUACAAGCAACAUCCAGAGAAGAACUCUCGUCGAACAGGCGUCUAUCGAAGCAUUCAGCUUUUACCCGUCCAUGUACGACACCGUUUCUGAGAGAGUCUUCAAGCCG